CGCCCUGUAAAAGGCUUUUCGAAAAGACAAGCACGGGCCCGUUUCCAGUCCUUCGGACCGCCGCCGGGGAACCGAACCUGAGCGUGGGGCGAGGCCGCGGAGAGGAAGGUGCAAUGGCGAGGAAUUUAUCUGUAAUCUUGAUCCUGAUCUUUGCCCUUUUGGUCAUAAAUCCCCUUAAUGAACUAGAAUCAGUAGCUGCUUUCACUCAGACCACUGAGAAAAUUAAUCCAAAUUGGGAAUCUGCCAUUAAUGUUGACCUGGCAGUAACCACACAGCGACAUCAUCUACAACAGCUUUUCUACCGCUAUGGAGAGAAUGAUUCUUUAUCAGUGGAAGGAUUCAGAAAAUUGCUUCAGAAUAUAGGCAUAGAUAAGAUUAAGAGAGUCCAUAUACACCAUAACCAUGAGCAGCACUCUGACCAUGAUCGUCACUCUCAUCAUAAUCACGCUGCUUCUGGCAAAAAUAAUCGGAAAGCCCUCUGCCCAGACCAUGACUCUGAUGGUUCAAGUAAAGAUCCUAAAAACAGCCAGAGGAAAGGAUCUCGCCGUCUGGGGCAUGCUGACCAUAGAAGGAAUGUCAAGGAAGGUGUGAGUGCUAGUGAAGUGACCUCAACUGUGUAUAACACUGUCUCUGAAGGGACACGCUUUCUAGAGACAAUAGAGACUCCAAAACCCAGGAAACUCCCCAAAGUUGGAAGCAGUUCCACCCCACCCAGUAUCACAGAGAAGAGAAUGGGACGGCUGGCUCGUAGGAAAACCAAUGAGUCUGUGAGUGAGCCCAGAAAGGGCUUUAUGUAUUCCAGAAGCAUGAAUGACAAUACUCAGGAGUGUUUCAAUGCAUCUAAGCUGCUUACGUCUCAUGGCAUGGGCAUCCAGGUUCCACUAAAUGCAACAGAGUUCAACUACCUCUGCCCAGCCAUCAUCAAUCAAAUCGAUGCUAGAUCUUGUCUGAUUCAUACAACAAGUGAAAAGAAGGCUGAAAUUCCUCCAAAGACCUACUCAUUACAAAUAGCCUGGGUUGGUGGCUUUAUAGCCAUUUCCAUCAUCAGUUUCCUGUCUUUGCUGGGGGUCAUCUUGGUGCCUCUCAUGAAUCGGGUGUUUUUCAAAUUUCUUCUAAGUUUCCUUGUGGCACUGGCCGUCGGCACUUUGAGUGGUGAUGCUUUAUUACACCUUCUUCCACAUUCUCAUGCAAGUCACCACCAUAGUCAUAGCCAUGAAGAACCAGCAAUGGAAAUGAAAAGAGGUCCGCUUUUCAGUCAUCUGUCUUCUCAAAACAUAGAAGAAAGUACUUAUUUUGAUUCCACAUGGAAAGGUCUAACAGCUCUAGGAGGCUUGUAUUUCAUGUUUCUUGUUGAACAUGUACUCACAUUGAUCAAGCAGUUUAAAGAUAAGAAGAAAAAGAAUCAAAAAAAACCUGAAAGUGAUGAUGACGUGGAAAUUAAGAAGCAGUUGUCCAAGUAUGAAUCUCAACUUUCAACAAAUGAAGAGAAAGUAGAUGCAGAUGAUCGACCCGAAGGCUAUUUACGAGCUGACUCACAAGAGCCCUCACACUUUGAUUCUCAGCAGCCAGCAAUCUUGGAAGAAGAAGAGGUCAUGAUAGCUCAUGCUCAUCCGCAAGAAGUCUACAAUGAAUACGUACCCAGAGGGUGCAAGAAUAAAUGCCACUCCCAUUUUCAUGAUACAUUGGGCCAGUCAGAUGACCUCAUUCACCACCAUCAUGACUACCAUCAUAUUCUGCACCACCACCACCACCAAAAUCACCACCCCCACAGUCACAGUCAGCGUUACUCUCGGGAGGAGCUGAAAGAUGCUGGCAUUGCCACAUUGGCCUGGAUGGUGAUAAUGGGUGAUGGCCUGCACAACUUCAGUGAUGGCCUAGCAAUUGGUGCUGCUUUUACUGAAGGCUUGUCAAGUGGGUUAAGUACUUCUGUUGCUGUGUUCUGUCAUGAGCUGCCUCAUGAAUUAGGUGACUUUGCUGUUUUACUGAAGGCUGGCAUGACUGUUAAGCAGGCUGUGCUUUAUAAUGCUUUAUCAGCCAUGUUGGCAUACCUUGGAAUGGCAACAGGAAUUUUCAUUGGACAUUAUGCUGAAAAUGUUUCUAUGUGGAUAUUUGCACUUACUGCUGGCUUAUUCAUGUAUGUCGCUCUGGUUGAUAUGGUACCUGAGAUGCUGCACAAUGAUGCUAGUGACCAUGGAUGUAGUCGUUGGGGAUACUUCUUUUUACAGAAUGCUGGGAUACUUUUGGGUUUUGGAAUUAUGUUACUUAUUUCCAUAUUUGAACAUAGAAUUGUGUUUCGUAUAAAUUUUUAAUUAGGGUAUAAAUGCCAGAGUAGCUUAAAAACGCUGUCUAUAGUUUGAAUAGGUCAUGAGGAGAUGAGCUUGUAUGCUGUGAUAUGCAGCACUUAAAGUAGCGGAUUUUGUGAUUUUUGUAUUGAAUAUUGCCAUUUGUUAUGCUUGUAAGGUCAGUUAUGUUGGUAACAUAAUGGUACGUUUUAAUAUUUAAGUUAUUCUAUUUUGGUAAUAUAAGAUAGGUAUGCAGUUCACCAAUGUUACCAGUUUAUUGUAUAAACGAGAUUUGGCAUGACAUGUUCUGUAUAUUUCAGGGAAAAUGUCUGUAAUACUUUUUGUGGAACUAAUUUAACACAAUUCCCAUAUUGGAUUUUAGGCUAAUGGUGUUAGGCACAAGAAUGGGCACAAAACUCAAGAUACUGAUAAAACUUAUACUAAACUUAAGCUAAGAAAUAAGGAGGAAAAGAAAAGAAUUUGAGAAUUGAAGAACUGUAGAUUUCUUAUAAAAAUCACAAAGUAGGUUAUAAUGUAGAGGGGAAAACUUAGAUAUAGAUUUUAAAAAACAGCAUAAUUAGUAUGGAAUGCAUUCAUAACCAUCUUUGUCAGAGAUUAAUGUUCUUGUAAAAACAUAGUGAGCACUUUUCAUACACUAGUUUAGUUUACAUUUGUUUGUAUAAUAGAGAAGUUAAAUAUAUUUGGUGAAUUCAAGCAAUAUGUCACUUGACCAAGAAAUUGAGAUUUUAGGGCUGAUGGAGUGGCUCAAGUGGUAGAGCACCUUCCAAGCAAUUGUGAAGCCCUGAGUUCAAACCCUUGUACCACCCAAAAAAAGGAAAUUGGAAUUUUAAAUAUCUGUGUGGAAAAAUGCCAGAUGACUAUAAUAAGUUUAUAUGUCACCAAAUACUUGGUUAUCACCAAGGUAUGUAUCACUAAAAGCUAUAUGAUUGUAUGUCCUUGUUAUCUGGCUACCAACUAUCAAAGUAAUGUAAGGACAUUGAAUCCUAUUCUAAGUACAAUUUGACUUCUUGGAUUCAGAAAAUGCUUUGGUAUCUUUCAGUGAUUCAGUGUUGUCAUUGUGAGCAGUUGUCUUUUUAUAUAUGGUACUGUAGACAUACUAGGGGCUCUCUGUAGCAUUGUCUAGAUGUUUCUUUCUUACAAAAUAAAAUCUUGUCAA